CCCUCCUCACUAUCCUCAUCAUUCACAACAAACCCAAAAACCAAACCUCCUCCUUCCUAUCUUGAACAACCGCCGAGAGACCUCCCCGUCGCCGUCGCCGUCGCCGUCGCCGCAAAUGGAGCUGCUCAACGUGGUUCCGGCGGACGCCAUGGCCUUCCCCCUCUACUCCCUCCCCGCGGCGGCCAACACCGUCGCCUCGCUCUUCGCCUGGCUCGUCGCGGCCCUCGCCGCCGCCGUCGGCCUCUGGCGCAUCCGCGCGGCCGGCUCCUCCAACAAACUACCCGGCGCCGGCGCCCGCAGCAGCACCCUCUUGGACGACAAUCAGCAGCCGCAGGCCGUUUCGUCGUCUGCCGCCGACGAGCCACGGCCCGCACUCGCCGUGCCGGUGGAGCCGUCCUCCCCGAUUAGCGAGCCGAGCUCGCCGUCCAAGGUCCGGUUCACGGCAUACUACGGCGGGGCCGGAGCUGACGAUGGGGUAGUGGACGGCGUCAGGAAAUGCGCGGACAGGGACGAGGACGAGGACGGCGUGCCCGUCGUCGACGACCAGAGCGAGACACAGCCGAGACGGACGGCGUCGAUGAGGAUCAGGUCGGCAGCCUCGACGGCGGUGCCCUGCUGGGAGAAGAGGGAGAUGGCCGUGCGGAGGCGGGGAGAUUUGGGCUGGUACCACCACCUUGACACGGCGGUGCUUGACGGCACCGUUGUAAGGCUGUGGGACGGCGAGGUCACCGCGGCGGUGGCGUCGCCGAGGGCGCGGCGGGGGAGGGCAGGAUUGAAACUGCGCCUGUCACUAUAGAGAUGUGUGUAUAAUGUGGUUAGGAUUAUUGGAUUGUUAUUAGGUGGGUAUGACGAUUUUGUCCUUCAAUUUGGGCAUGUCAUAUGUAUGUGUAUCGUCUAAGAGGGCCGAGGCUGAAAAAAUGAACAGCCUUCGUCUCAGCUCUCAGGAGAAACGAAAAUUUGGCAAAUAAUGGCAGAGUAUUCUUGCUCA